AUGACGACGAUCUCUGAUCUUCCUAGGGAUAUGGUAGAAGAGAUUGUUUCUAGAAUUCCUUUGAAACUUAUGAGAGAAGUGAGAUUAACUUGCAGAGAGUGGAACAGUUUAUUGAAAAGUGAGAGCUUAACGAAGAUGCGCAUAGGUAAAGAAGAAACAAUGGAAAAACAAGGGGAGUCUAGGAUGGUGGUAUUGACAAAUGACAAUCUUUACUUAAUGAGCAUCGUCGUGGAUGAAAAAAAGCCAUGCACAGAGGUUAAAGGUAAACUCAGUAGAGUGAAAAUAUAUCUCGUCUUUCACUGCGAGGGUUUAUUGUUGUGCAUCUUGAAAGACGACAAGACUAGGCUUGUGGUUUGGAAUCCUUAUUCAGGGCAAACAAGGUCGAUCCAACUCAUAUACCGUUACACCAAGCACAUUUUUCAGAAUAAGGAUAGGUACGGUUACGCUCUCGGAUACAAGAAGAAUAAGAAGAAGAAGAAGAAGAAAUCCCACAAAAUCUUGAGGUUUGUCGACACGGAACACUGCUUCACAUGCUAUGAAAUCUACGAUUUUGAGUCUGGUUUAUGGACGACGCUUGAAGUCACUCCACACUGGCGUAUACACGGUGUUGAGCAUGGCGUUUCUUUAAAGGGAAACAGUUACUGGUGUGCUUCAGAAAGGAACUCGCCCAUUGGGUCCAGGUCCAUCGAUCGCAUAAUCUGUUUUGAUUUUACAAGAGAGCGAUUUGGACCGCUUUUGCGUCUGCCCUUUAGUUCUUGGGAUGGCACGGUGAAUCUAUCUUGUGUUAGGGAAGAGAAGCUUGCUGCGUUAUAUCACCAAGCGCAUUGUAUGGAGAUAUGGAUUACGACUAAGAUUGAGCCCAAAAAGAUGUCGUGGAACAAGUUCCUAACACUGGAACUGGGACCAGAAGGUCCGAUUGAUGUUCAAAAUUUCAGUUUCUUCAUUGACGAGGUGAAGAAAGUCGCCAUGCUUUUUGAAAGAAUUUUUGUUUGUGGUGAAUAUGAAUUUUUGGAACGCAACAACUUUGUUAACAUCAUUGGAGUGGCUGGAGACGUUAGACAAGUGGAGCUCGGAGAAAUUGCCGUCAGAGCCUAUAAGCUAAAUGUGUGCCCUCUUGUCCCAAGUUUCGUGCAGAUCAAGCAACCUGCAAGAGGCAAAAAGAGAAAACAGAGCAUUUUAGAAAACUGUCGAUUUGAUCAAAAAUUGUUGAUAAUGAAGAAGAAGCCUGCAAAAGGAGAAAGCUAG